UCUCUCACUUUGCAUCCAGCGAUCUGGUGGAGCCGCCACAAAGUCGUGACGAGUCUUGAAACCAGUUUGAAAACAUUCAAAAGAUAUACGCAUAAUUCGGCUCAGAGGACCGGUGUGAACCAAGUAAAGAGCAUGUCUGAAGAGGGAAAAAUUGGGAUUAUCGGGAGCGGGCUGAUAGGCCGGAGUUGGGCGAUGCUGUUUGCCAGCGUCGGCUACAAAGUUUACAUUUACGACAUUGAGCCGAAGCAAAUCAGUAACGCCCUGGAAGACAUUUCGAAGCAGCUGAAAACUCUAGAAGGGUCGGGAAUGCUCCGAGGAAGUCUCAACGCUCACCAGCAAUGCAAUCUGAUUCAAGGCACAAACAGUCUGGAGGAAUGUGUGAAAGGCGCCAGGCACAUUCAGGAGUGCGUGCCCGAAAACCUGGAGCUGAAGAAAAAGGUGUGGGGCGAAGCGGACAAGUUGAUUGUGGACACCGACUGCGUCCUGGCCAGCUCGACCAGCACUUUUUUGCCUUCUCGAAUUUCAGAAAACCUGCAGCACAAGGCGCAGUUUGUGGUCGCCCACCCUGUAAAUCCACCAUACUAUGUCCCACUGGUUGAAAUCGUCCCAGCACCGUGGACGGAAAAACAAGUGGUGGUGCGCACCAGAGAGAUCAUGGAGCAAAUUGGCCAAGAGCCAGUCUCUCUGACCAGAGAAAUAGAGGGAUUUGCUCUGAACAGAAUCCAGUAUGCAAUCCUGAACGAAACGUGGCGCCUGGUGCGUGACAACGUGCUGGACGUGCGCGACAUCGACCGCGUCAUGUCCGAGGGCUUGGGCAUGCGUUACGCCUUCCUGGGGCCGCUGGAGACGGCGCACCUGAACGCCGAGGGGAUGCUCAACUAUAGCGAGCGCUACUCCAAGACCAUGUACGACGUCAGCAUGACCAUGGGCGAGGUGCCGCUGAUGGCCGGGCCACAGGCUAAGGUGGUGCACGACCAGUUGUGCCAAAUGACGCCGGUGGACAAACUGCAGGAGCGGAGGAAUUGGCGCGACAAGUGUCUCACCGCCCUGGCCAAACUCAAGAAAGAAAUCAACAAUCCAGAAAAUUGAGAGUGAAAUUACCAGAAAAUACGACAACACAUCCUGCGCUAUUCUUAUGACAGUAUGAAAGAGGUAAAAGUUAUAUUUUGAAUAAAUUUUUGAUAGUUUAAAAACAGAAGAAGCAUUA